AACGUUACAGAACUACCCACCACCAACGGACCAAGCAGCGUGGCAACGAGGAGCAGAGGGUUCAGGCCUCCUGGACUUGGGAGGAGAAAUUGGACGACAUCAUUCACCCCAUCCCUAACCUGACAGGAUACAUCACCGAGGGACAGAUCUACGUGAACAGACAGCUGCAUAACAGACAGAUCUAUCCUCCCAUCAACGUUCUGCCGUCUCUCUCUCGUCUGUUGAAGUCAGCUAUCGUAGAAGGGAUGAAACGCAUAGACCACUCGGAUGUCUCCAACCAGCUGGCAUACACACACACACACACACGCACACACGCACACACACAUGCACACAUGCACACAUGCACACCCGCACGCACGCACGCACGCACGCACGCACGCACGCACGCACGCACACACACACACACACUCACUGCUAAACAACGUUCAGCACUUCUGCUAGUAAAAUCUGUGAUCGUGUAUGUGUGUUUGUAUAUAUAGUUUGCGUGUUAUGCUAUAGGUAAGGACGUGCAGGCGAUGAAGGCUGUGGUGGGAGAGGAGGCUCUCACGCCUGAUGAUCUGCUCUACCUGGAGUUCCUACAGCAGUUUGAGAAGAACUUCAUCGCCCAGGGAGCCUAUGAGAACAGGACUGUGUUUGAGUCGCUGGACAUCAGCUGGCAGCUGAUGAGAAUCUUCCCCAAAGACAUGCUGAAGAGAAUCCCUCAGAGCACCCUGGCAGAGUUCUACCCCCGCUUGAAGUAAUGAUGACAACAUAGAGAGGCACAGUGACUUACACACCACUCAAGCCCUUCCCUCUUCUCUCUCUCUCUAUAUAUGGGUGUAUCUGUUCUAACAUUGACAUUUCUGUACUGUCUGUAUCGUAAUGACUAGUACCGAUACUGUCACUCCAGCAGACUACACUAUGCUAUGUUUCUGCACACACACAGACAACAUCUUGCCCUAACCAUUAAGCCUGUAUGAACCAGAGAAGUAGGAUAAGCACAUGAUGGAGAUCUUAGUUUCUAAGCCAGAGAGAUUCUCUCUGACCAGCAGAGCCAAGUAGCCUGGUACUAGGACCUGGAGGUUUCCCUGGUCAGAUCACAUGGUUAGGAAAACCUCCUGGCCCUAGCCGUUGGAUGUACUGGAUGGAUGGAUGUACUGGAUGGAUGGAUGGAUGGAUGAAUUGAUGGUCGGUGAAUGGCGUGUCAGAAGUCAGAGGGAUGGUGUGGUGUGUAUUUAAGACGAUAUGUAGAUGCACUGUAGAUCAGUGAUGAUGCAGUGAUGAUGCAUGUGUAUGACAGAUGAGAUUACGCCGAACAGCACGUUUCACUCAGUGAUGUUUUUGACAUUUUCAAUGGUCUUUUGUUAUGACCAGAAUGUUGCCUGUGUGUUGUUGCUGCUGGUAUGUUUUGAAGAGAUCAGUGCUGUUUUUGCAGUGUCAAUCCAAAUGCUUAAACUUACUUUCGUAUAUGAACUAAAACCAGACACGCAACUUAACAGAUGCCUAUUGUUAUUCCUGCCUAUUUAACUAUAUGUGCCAUCUAUAUAUUUCUCUAUAUUGUGUGUGAUAUUGUAGCUGCUCCUUCAACAUGCACACUGUGGUUUAGUAAUGACGAUGUCUUGUUAUUUACAGUGAAGACUUCUAGAGCAGAUGGAUAUAUUUCUGUUUGUUUCUCGAUAUUCUUUGGAAUAUAUUUUGGUAUAUGUCUCCAUUUCAGUAUGGUUGUUUAGUGUAGUUUCGGUCUAAAUGCACACAUGACAGCUCAGCUUUUUGGAAUGUGUCUGUACAGUAAAGGAAAAUACGCUG